AUGGAGGCAAAUUUGGGUUCUUCCCCGUCCCUCAUUUGGCGUAGUGUUAGGAGUUCUAGGGGUCUCCUCGAACUGGGUAUGGGCUGGAGGGUCGGGACAGUUUAUGGUUCUAAUGAGGCAUGUGUUCGCAUGCAGCUAUGGAAUCAACUGAGUACUGUGGAAAGAUAUGAUAUUGCUGGCAACAAUAUUAAUGCUGAGUUGAAAGUUGAGAGUGAAUUGAAAGUUCUUGAAGAGACAAAAUUGCUUUUCUAUAAGCAAAAAGCACAAGUGAAUUGGAUUAGAGAUGGUGACCAAAGGACUCGAUUCUUCCGCUCUAUGGUGGCUAGCAAGAGGAAGAGUAACACAAUUUGGGUUCUCUAUGAUCAAAAUGGAACUAGGCUUGAUACUUUUGAUGCAAUGUUAAAUGAGACUGCUUUUUUGAAAGGGAGGAGUAUAGUAGAUGACACACUACUUGCUCAAGAGAUUGUAAGGGGUUACACUACAAAAAAUAUCUCUACGAGAUGUUCUCUAAAAAUUGAUUUACAAAAUGCAUUUGACUCUCUAAACUGGGAGUUUGUAGGUGUUAUCUUGUAUGCUUUGAGACUGCUUGAGAAAUUCAUUGGCUGGAUUUGGGCAUGCGUUACAAAUCCUAGAUAUUAUAUAGUGUUUAAUGGUAGCCUAGUUGGUUAUUUUAGGGUUGCUCGGGGUAUAAGGCAAGGUGAUCCUCUCUCACUGUAUAUUUUUGUCCUUGCUAUGAAUGUCCUGUCUAGUUUACUUAAUGUGGUUGUUUUGAGGGGAAUUUUUAAAUUCCAUCCUAAGUGUAAAUGGAUUGGCCUCACCCACCUUUAUUUUGUUGAUGAUCUGCUUAUAUUCUACAAAGGUUUAAUUGAUUCAAUCAUUAGAGUGCAAACUAUUUUAGAUACAUUUUAUUCCAUAUCGGUUUUGAAAUUAAAUGCUAGAAAAUGUGAGAUAUACAUAGUUGGGGUCUCUGCUGAGCAGUGUGCUGCUAUAAGGAAGAUUACUGGAUUUAAAUUGGGAAAUCUCCCUGUGAGAUAUUUGGGUGUUCCAUUGGUGACUAGGAAACUUACUGUGAAGGAUUGGCAAUGCCUUAUUGAUAAAAUAAAGGCAAAGUUGAAUUUAUGGGAUAAUAGGCAUCUUAGCUUUGUUGGUAGACUUUGGAGUUUCAAAAGCAUCUUGAAUUUGAGAUUUGCUGUUUUUCAUCUUUUUGCUGGUCCGGAUAGAGACCUUAAGACUAGGCAGAUAUGGGAGGAUAUGCGCACUAAGGUUCCAAAGGUCCCAUGGCAUAGUCUGGUUUGGUUUCCAAGGAGAAUUCCAAAGCACAACAUCAUUGUAUGGAUGGCUAUUUUAUAUAGAAUUCCUACUCAAGUAAGGCUUUUGAGAAUGGGGUUAAGUGUUGAAAAUGAUAAGUGUAUGCUUUAUGGUAUUAAGGUUGAGACUAGAGAUCAUUUGUUCUUUGAUUGUGGUUUUGUGAGAGAGUUGUGA